UACUGAAAAAAGGAUGCAUAGUUUGCAACAACAGAUGGAGAUAGUCCGAGAAACUUUUCAAUACAAACUGCAGAUUAGACCAUCAACAAUCUUUCCAUUUUUAGCUUUAUUUUCAGUUUAUUUAAAAUUAUACAAUAUGGAAUGUAGAUAUAUUCAAAGACCAUUGUACUCACCGCUACAGAAGCAAAUAACAUAAAGAAAUAGAAAAGGUUGAUCUAACUAUAAAUUACAACAUAAAUGGUAGUGGAGGAACCAUAAUUUCACAAGCAAAAUCAUGUUACCAUAUACUAUUCUGUGUAUACAAUACUAAUGGGUCAAAUAAGGACUUUUAUAUGAAUCGUUGAAAAAAUAAACUAUGCAAGGAAUAUGAACGAUGAACCUACAAGCUACAAACUUCAAUAUUAAUACUGAAAAAAGGAUGCAUAGUUUGCAACAACAGAUGGAGAUAGUCCAAGAAACUUUUCAAUACAAACUGCAGAUUACACCAUCAACAAUCUUUCCAUUUUUAACUUUAUUUUUCAGUUUAUUUAAAAUUAUACAAUAUGGAAUGUAGAUAUAUUUCAAAGACCAUUGUACUCAACCGCUACAGAAGCAAAUAACAUAAAGAAAUAGAAAAGGUUGAUCUAACUAUAAUUACAACAUAAAUGGUAGUGGAGGAACCAUAAUUUCACAAGCAAAAUCAUGUUACCAUAUACUAUUCUGUGUAUACAAUACUAAUGGGUCAAAUAAGGACUUUUAUAUGAAUCGUUGAAAAAAUAAACUAUGCAAGGAAUAUGAACGAUGAACCUACAAGCUACAAACUUCAAUAUUAAUACUGAAAAAAGGAUGCAUAGUUUGCAACAACAGAUGGAGAUAGUCCGAGAAACUUUUCAAUACAAACUGCAGAUUACACCAUCAACAAUCUUUCCAUUUUUAGCUUUAUUUUUCAGUUUAUUUAAAAUUAUACAAUAUGGAAUGUAGAUAUAUUUCAAAGACCAUUGUACUCAACCGCUACAGAAGCAAAUAACAUAAAGAAAUAGAAAAGGUUGAUCUAACUAUAAAUUACAACAUAAAUGGUAGUGGAGGAACCAUAAUUUCACAAGCAAAAUCAUGUUACCAUAUACUAUUCUGUGUAUACAAUACUAAUGGGUCAAAUAAGGACUUUUAUAUGAAUCGUUGAAAAAAUAAACGAUGUAAGGAUAUCAACGAUGAACCUACAAGCUAAAAACUACAAUAUCAAUACUGAAAAAGGAUGCAUAGUUGCAACAACAGAUGGAGAUAGUCCGAGAAACUUUUCAAUAUAAAAUGCAGAUUACAUCAUCAACAAUAUUUCCAUUUUUAGGUCUAUUUUUCAGGUUAUUUAAAAUACUAAACAACAAAACAUAUAUGAAAAAGCAAAACCCCACUUGAUUAAUGAGCAUCCAAUAUUAGAUCACAAAAAUUACGAAACGCUCACAUUGGAAGGUCUAAAAAUCUGGGAUUAUAUGUUGUCUGCUAUUUACCAUAAUGCUAAUGUAACAGAAACAGCUUGAAAAAUAAACCUUAUAAAGAAGAAAAACUCGACUUAACCAUAAACUGCAAUAUUAAUGCUGAGAAAAAGACAACUUGGAAGCAAACUAUAAUAGGAAAAGAUGACAAUCAAUCAUGUUUUUCCAAAACAGAUGGAAAAUGCAAUCUAUAUCAUCUGCAUUUUCUCCAUUUUCAGGUUUCUCUUUCAGUAAAAUUAAAAUUACAAAACAAAAGACACAACAGAAAGAAAUCCACUUAAUAGUGUUUACGCAUUAUUAUAGCAACCAUAUAUCUAUACAAUUACAGAAUGGAUACUAAUGUCUGAAACAUCUGACAUGACAUGAUGGAAAAUGAAAUCAUAUGAAAAAGGGAUAUGAUCUACCUAGAUAAUUUUGCAAUAUGAAUACUGGAAGAAGAAUAACUUAGAAACAUAGUCUAAUGAGAAACAAUAAUAAACACUGGCAAUCAUUUUUUGCGAAAAUAGAUGGAAAAUACAAUUUUCCGUUACCAAUUUUUUUCAGUAUACUUGAAAUUAUAGAACAAGGAAACAAAAAAAUCAAUGAAAUAAAUAACAAACAAGAGAGCGAAGUAACUUAGAUGAUACAUUAAAGUUUUGAUAUAUAUUAUUCAUAGUCGUUUUGUAUUUGUUUUCAUUUUGACAUAAUCAGAUUUUACGUUUAAUUUUGUGCGUCUUACAGUUUCAUUUUUUUUUCUUUUUGUAAUAAGUAUUUAUCAUUUUAUUGAAACUGAAAGACGGGUGGAAGGAGGGUGGGACUCGACUUGCAGCUACCUCCGCGCGAUCACUGUUUUAAUUAUUUCUGUUUAAUGAUGAUAAAUGUUGAAAAAUGUUGAUGUGAAUUCUACUUUGCAACCUGUUCAGAAGUAGAAAUUGUCACGCCACUAUGGACGAUCUCUCUACAAAGAAAUCAACAAUAUUCCUCGCAGUCCCUGUCCGCUGUAUUGAUAAUAACUAUAGAUAAAGGAUAACUUUAAAAGCAAACUUUAAUGAAAACUAAAGGCAGUCAGAAACCAGAUACUAGACACCAGAUACCAGACACCAGAUACCAGAUACCAGAUACCAGAUACCAGACACCAGAUACCAGACAUCAGAUACCAAAACCAGAUACCAGAUACGAGAUACCAGAUACAGAUACCAGACACCAGACACCAGAUACCAGAUACCAGACCAUACCAGAUCAGACAUCAGAUACCAGACACCAGAAACCAGAUACCAGAUACGAGAUACCAGAUACCAGAUACAGACACCAGACACCAGAUACCAGAUACCAAACACCAGAUACAGAUACCAGAUACCAGAUACCAGCCACCAGAAACCAGAUACCAGAUAAAGAGAUAACAGAUACCAAAUACCAGAUACCAGACACCAGAUACCAGAUACCAGAUACCAGACACCAGACACCAGAUACCAGACAUCAGAUACAGACACCAGAUACCAGAUACCAGAUACCAGAUGCCAGACACCGGAUACCAGAUACCAGACAUCAGAUACCAGACACCAGAUACAGAUACCAGAUACCAGACACCGGAUACCGGAUACCAGACAUCAGAUACCAGACACCAGAACAGAUACCAGCCAGAUACGAGAUACCAGAUACCAGCCACCAGAAACCAGAUACCAGAUAA